AAGGUCAUCGUCCCGUUUUCUGUGAGUGAAUCAGCUGGUGUGUGUAUGGUGUCAUACGUCUCUCACUCCUCCCUAUUAUUUACCAUUUAGAAACCUGUAAUUACUCUCCGCUGUCGUGUCGUCCCCUCCAGGCAAAUCUUUUAUACUCGAAUCAUAUUUUAGGCUCAGACAGGAGUGCUGGCAGCCGCUCUUCGGGUCAAAAAAUGUUAAAACCAAGAACACUCACCCAAAUUCUCAGUCAGGCUAAUACUGGCGGAGUUCAAAGUGCUUUGUUGCUUAAUUUGGAAGGAGCUCUGUUGGCAUUUAGUGGAUAUGGAGAUCGUGAUGCUCGAGUUACGGCUGCUAUUGCAAGCAACAUCUGGGCAGUUUAUGAGAAAAAUGGACGUAAUGCCUUUUCAGAAGAUCGUCUGAAUAUGGUUCUAAUGGAAUGCGAGGAUGGGAAAGUAUGCGUGACACAAGUAGCAAAUCUUCUCCUCUGCAUCUAUGCCAAGGACAAUGUAGGAUUUGGUCUUCUUCGAGCCAAGACCCAGGCUCUUGCCAAGUAUCUAGAUGGACCAUUGCGGCAGGUUGCUGCAGCAUGAACAUCAUUACAUCGUGGCAUUUUCUACUUCUAUUAUGUUUACCUUGUACUGUAUUGUCUAAACAAUUUUGCUCAUAGUAAUAAAGUGCUUACAUGUAAGGCCAACUGAUUAUA